GAGUACUCUUCAAGAAUUUCAAGCGAUGAGCUUGUAGAUUCUUUUCUGGUCCACAAGCAACAAAUGACUCGAUACGACGACAAGAAUCAAUCGGAGGAAAUACUAGAAAGUAAGGUGUCGAGACAUUAUAAUUCAAGCAGAAGUGGCUUUCUAGGUAGAAAAGGUGGUUAUCGAGGUAGACGUGAAUGUGGAAGGAAACUGCUUGAGAGAUGCCAGGAAAAUGAAGGUCACCGAUCAUUUGGUCGUGGUAAAAAUUUUAAAGGCUACAAGAAGAGAUACAAAAUUUUUAUAUGACCUGACAAAUAUUAUCAUGAAGCUGAUAAGGUGGCAUAUAUUUCACAAAAUGGAAAGAAGCUCGGAAUGCAAAGUCGAGUUUGAGGGGGAGUGUUAGAAUUCAAACUCUCCCAAAUGAAGUAAUAUUGGAAACAGAAAAUGGAAGCUGGGGUUGAUAAAAUACAUUGCAGUCAAGUGUAAAAAAUAAAAGAGCAGCAGCUUGGUCAAAUAAACAUCCGGGGGUUUAUAGAUUUAAUAGAAGCAGUAAUAUGAAGGCAAGAAAAUAUAGAGGGUCAAUUGUGGUGUGCUGAAAAUAUAAACAAGCAUCCUAAUAUAAGCUGUUGGUAUAAAAUCACAAGGUGGCUAAAUAGGUGAACUAUAGCAGCUCCAGGAAUCAAGGUUAUAAGUAAUGGUAGCUGUGCAUGGGAGAAAUAAAAGGUGGCUGUGCAUGAGAACAGAAGAAAAUAUAGUAGGUUCUCCUGGUCAAAAUAACAGCCUGCAGGUUGUAAUAAUGUCCUUAAAAUAUGGUAGGCUAUUAAUAUGUAUUAUAAGGAUAAAAAUGCGAGGUGUGCAGUGAUGUUAGAAUGUAAACUUAAAGCCUAUAAAUAAGGCUGUCCAUCUGUAGUAGAUAACACACUGAGGAAAAAACUACAACAGCAGUUGUAGAGUGAGAUAGAAGAGAGUAGAGAAAAAGCAAGGAGCUGUAGCUCGUUAGAAAGAAAAAAAGGCUGAAGCCUAGUGUGUGUGAAAAAAUAUAAGCAUUGUAGCUGCGUGUUACAUUAAUAUACAAGUUGUGUGUUUGCAUCUUAAUAUAUCGAAGGUUUUUCGCUGUAAGGCCCAUACACGUUUCCAACAGGAAUGGUAUAUAUAUUUUAUCGAAUAAGCCUCCGAAUGAUAUAGAUAUAUUAUGAUAGGGAAGGUAUACAUCAUAUUCAUCCUUAAAGAUAGUAAUCAACUUUCUUUUUUCUCCUCUUCUAGACUUAGCACUUGAGCUGCCCCAAGGUAGCCCAUGCAUUUGCUAUGGGCAAUGCAGGCUCAGUUGCUGCUGGUGGAUUAGGUUCAGUAAGAAAUAUAGGGAUAUUGAGUCUUUCUUCGUAUCAACUCUCUACCUCUCUUAUCAUAUGCAAGAGUUGCCUCAAGCUCUUUGUGUUAUAGGUACCAAUGUAUGCAUUAUCUCCUCCAUGUGAAGAUUGUGCAUACCACUUGCCUUUACCAUUUUUUUCAUACACACCUUUGUAUAAUUUGUGUGGUUUUUUCGACUCUUAUCUUAAGGGAUCAAGCUCCUCCUGCUCCGAGAAAUUAAUACAGUAUAAGGAACCUCGAAUCGAUUUUCACAACUGCUAUUCCCACACAUCCAAUACUUGGAUUUUCCUUUGGGGGAAUAGAAGUUGUGAUAAUCGAUUCAAGAUUUCUUAUACUUAUAAAAAUAUUUUUUUAAUCCGAGAUGGAAUGUGCUUCAGAUAAACUAAUAAAUAUUAUAAUCUUGUUUUAGUUUCUCAGACCACGAAGGAGUUUGAUCCCUUAAGAUACGGGUCGAAAAAACCACACAAAUUAUACAAAAGUGUGUAUGAAAAAAAGGUAAAGGCAAGGGGUAUGCGGAAUGUUCACAUGGAGGAGAUAAUGCAUACAUUGGUACCUAUGACACAGAGCUUGAGGCAGCUCUUGCAAGUGAUAAGUGAUUUCUUACUGAACAUAAUCCACCAGCAGCUACUGAGCCUGCAUUCCCCAUAGCAAAUGCAUCGGCUAGUUGUGUGCAUGUCAAUGUACCUUCGGGCAGCUGAAUUAAGUGCUAACUUUGGAAGAGGUGGAAAACGAAAGCAGAUUAUUAUCUCUUGUAAUAUAAUGAGCAAGAUAUAGGGAGAAGUAUUGAAAGGAUGAAGAAUAUGGUCCGGUCUUUUAUAUGAUAUUGUAUAUGAUCUUGGUGUUUAUCUUACAAAGCCAUACACGAUAGGAUAUAUAUAGAUACAACAUAGAUGAUUCUAAAUGCAAAAUCAAGUAGUCCAUGAACAUAUAUAGGAUACAUGAACCUGUAUAUACAUAAAUAUGAACAUUUUAUAAGAUAUUCUAGAAUUUUUUGAAUUAUUUUCAAACACUACCCCUUAAUUCUCACUAGUACAACUAGCUUGUCAGGAAAAUUGAGAAACUUCUCUCAAGAUACAGCUUUGUAAAAAUGUCUGCCACUUGGUCUCGGGUCCAGCAAGACUUUAACUCAAUAUUCUGGUCUUUAACAAGUUCUCUAAUGAAAUGAUGACGGGUCUCAAUAGGCCUUGCUUUAGUGUGAACUACUGGAUUUUUAGCCAUUGAAAUUGAUGGCAUGUUGUCACAGAAAAUGAAGCUUACUUGGUUCACUGGUAAACCUUGAGAUGAUGGUUAUAGUAUACAGAAUAUCGGGCCUAGUAUUUGUGAGGUAAAUGAGUGAGCCAACAAUUUUUCUGGAUAAAGUUUCAUCUACCUUUGGAGCACCAUCAUUUCUAGAAAACUUCUUAAUAAAACUCAUUGAGGUUGAAUCUAGAUUAAUUAUGUUAACAUAUAUUUUUGAAAGGAAAUUGAAGGUAAAACUAUUAUUGAUUCGUGCUAUUUUUUGUUUUGUUUCUUUUUCUGAAAAGUUCCCUGCUAAGUUAUGCACUAUCUAUGAAGGGGCAGUUGAUGUAGUAUUGCAUUCUUUCAUUCUCUAAUAAAUCUGUAGUUAACGGCCUCGGUUUUGGUGUGAGGCUAGAUAGCAAUGAAGUCUUUUUCCGGGAUUUUACCCCAGAUUUAGACCAGCAAGACAGGCAGGGUUUAGGAGAGGUCGGGUUAAAAACGAUUAGUAUAAAUGAAAGUAAAAGGAGUUAGAGAGAACUGAAAUGUACAUGUAUUAUUUGAUUGAAAUUCUACGUAGACUUUACACUAGGGAUUUUAAGACUAGUAAGACCUCAUCAAAUUACUCCCUUUAAUAAGUUUGUGCUUUGUUUUUUAAGUAUCUUCUGAUGAUUAAAAAAUCAAUAGUAUCAUAUGCCCUCGACCUCAUUUUACACCAAAAAUGAACAGUAUUUUCUAGGCUAAUAAUUUUAAAAAUUAUUUUGCUCAUGUACAUUAAUUUUCCCUCGCUUUUCAUAUAUUGUGCAAGUCUUGCUAAAUCCAUAAUAAAAUUUGUCAUUUAUGUUGUUGAGUUGUUCCAUCUUUCUUGCAGCUCUUUUUGGUUUCAGCUAUAUUUUUAUUAUUUCGCUGUGGUGGUGUGUCUAUCACUUUGAUUAGAUCUUUGUCAUUAUGAUAUAUUAGUUUUUUGUCACUCCAUGUUAAAUCCUGAUAUAUUUUAUCAGUUUUUGAAGGAAAUAUUAGGGUAGAAAUAGUCACUACAAGAAAAGCAGCUAUUUACGACCGUCAAAAUCUGGUCGAAAUUAACUAAUUUCGACCAGAAACGGAGGAAAAUAGUCAUUUUCGACCGGAACUUAGAUGGUCGAAUAUAAGCUAGUCGAAUUUAAAUCUCCGGUCGAAAAUAAGUAAUUCCGGUCGAAAUUAACCGGUCGAAAAUAGCCGCUUUUCUUGUAGUGAGUCUUUCAUUUUUCCUGCUAUUGCUUGUUUUCGUUUUCGAAGUAGUUCCCUGCUGAGUUAUGCAGUAUGUAUGAAGGGGACAUUUAAUGAAGUUAAAUAGGAUAGUACUGCAUUCUUUCAUUCUGUACGUGGUAGAAUAUAUUGUUAACAGGCUCAGUUUUCGUGCAAGGCUAAAUAGAAUAUGAGGUCUUUUCUCUGGCUUAUAGGUUUAGUUGUGCUGAGAAUAAUUAAUCAUAUGAGUUUUUAUCUCAAGAUUUGAGGUUGUAAUUUUACUGAUUAUCAUAAACACUGUAAGGCUACACUACAAGAAAAGCGCACAUAACCGACCAAUAAAACCGACCGACGGAGGGAGUCGGAAAUAAAGAGCACAUAACCGACCGACGUACCGACCAAAACAACUCCGGUCGGAAAUGUGUGGGUCAUUUCCGACCGACAUUACCGACCACCCAAAAUCGGUCGGUUAAAAGGGGGUGGGCCCCAUUCCCUUGCUUUUUCUCAGCUGACAUGGACGCCGCGUCAGCGAGACCACAUAACCGACCGCCACGAAUCGGUCGGUUUUAGACCAGAAGCUUCACAUCUGAGCCCGGAUUUUCAUUUCCGACCAAGUCAUUUCUGACCAGCCUGGCUGUGUUACAAGUGUCGUCUGGUGAUUGGCUGAGGGGAUGAGCUGUGACCACGUAACCGACCGCGCGUUAUCGGUCGGUUUUAGACCAGAAGCGUCACAGUUGUGCCCUGUUUUUCUUUUCCGACCAAGUCAUUUCCGACCAAGUUCUGACAUUUCCGACCAACCUGGCUGUGUUUGCUAGUGUCAGCCGGUGAUUGGCUGAGGGGAUGAGCUGUGGGGGCCACCGUGACAUUUCCGACCGCCUUAUCUUUAAAUAGCGGUCGGAAAUAACUUUUCAUCUUUUUUAGUUUGCUUAAGUCCCUCACUUCACUAAGUCUUAUUGUUAAUUUAGCAUAAUUAUAUAUUUGUGGAAGAGAAAAAAAUUUGAAGGUAUGAACUAACCUUAAAAUGUUUGUCUUCUUUUUUGAAUAUAUUUCUAAUUAUGAAAUGUGUAAUUUUGAAAUUGAAGGUGAAGUUGAAAUUGGAGGUGAAGUUGAAAUUGGAGGUGAAGUUGAAAUUGAACUUGGAGAUGCUAUCUUCAACAAGCUGGGUGGAAUGAGGGAAACUGAGAAGACGAUUAUAAGGGAACAGCUUCUGGAGAGGUGGAUGUCCCAGAAACAGCUUGAAGUAGAAGUGAUAAAGGAUAUGAAGUUGCAGUGGAGUAAAAACUCAAUGCCGUCAGAUAAUCUAGAAGCAGGGAAUGAGUCCAUCGAUAAGCCUACGAAUGGUAGAAUCCUCAGCGAGCAUCGAAGGAGGGAACUAGAGAAGAGGCUUAUAGGUGAAGAGAUUUUGAGUAACUGGUUGCACAGGAAACAACUGGAGGAGGAAGUCAUGACAGAGAUGUUUGGGGUAGAAAUGUUACAGAGGGUUAAGAAUUCAAUUGCAUCAGAGAACCCAGAAGUAAAAAGUGACACAUGCAAUAAGUCUCCCACCGGUUUGCAGGAAAUUAUCAUUAUUCAAGAUAAAGGUGAAGAUUCUGGAUUGGUGCCUCAUCCAGAUGGUCCAAUGUCCUUAAAUGGCCAGGAGUCGAUUGACCAGAGCCCGGCUAAUGAAAAAGAAGGUGAACUAACUGGCAGCAUUCCUAUCCAUUGUCCCCCUAGAGCACCAAAUACUACCAAACCUGGGAUGUUCAUCGGUUUAGGCAGGACUGCUACGACACCAUCGAAAGGUGAAGGUUCUCCAUUGGUACCGUCUGCACAGGUUCCAGCAUUCUUAAAUGGCCAAAGCCCGGUUAAUGACACAGACAGUGGACUCAAUUGUAGUCUUCCUUUUCAGCGUUUGCCUAGAGCACCAAAUAAUACCAACCCUGAGAAGCUCGUCGAUUUAGGCAAGGAAGCUACAACAGCAUUGGUUAACUCUGUUACAAAACGUACUUCAGAAGGAGAGUUAAAUGUUGAUACGCCACCUAUAGGUGGUGAUAACGAAACUGCUGGAAAGACUACUGCAAAAAGAAAACGCUGGGACUGUGACCUUUGCUGCGUGAUAACCAGUGCUGAAAGUGUUCUUCAGGCACAUUUGAAAGGAAAAAAACAUUUGGCAAAACUAAAGGCAUCAAGUGAAACUGCUAAACCACCGACCUCUGGCGAAGACCAUGGGAAAAGCAUACAAGAGGACAAUCUACCUAAAUGAAUUGACCAUUGGUUUCGACAACAAUUAUGUAACUGUUUGUCGUUUAUAUUAUCAAUAUUUAGACCCUUUUGUGCUUCACAAUAGUGGCGGUUACUCCUCAUUUACAUGUCAAAUUUCUAUGGCAUUUGAAAAGA